AUGAUAUCCCAAAAAAUUGGUGACUCUAUUCCCAAUAAUACCGCACAUGCUGUUUCCGUCACUCUUCCGACAUGGGAAGCUACCGUUGGCUACGAAGAAGGAGAGGACUGGGUGGUAGAAAGGAUGUCCACUGGGUAUCCUAGAUUUUUCAUUCAUCAAGAGAUCAAACUUCUCUGCAAACUAUUAGAAGAUUGUUAUGGAAGAGAAAGUGAGCGCUGCUUGGUAUUUCCUACCUACAAUGUAGCUAAGAGAUGCCGAGAGUUCAUAAAAAAAUAUACUAAGUUGGACCAAGUCAACGUUCGUAUCCUCCAACUGUCGACACCUAGUCCUAAGAAUGAGGACGAACGAGCGUACAGGUUAGAAACCCAUAUCAGCAUAGCAUUUUUUCCAGCUUCCGAAUUCAGUGUAGCCAAACAAUAUUGGCAACAUUCUGGAGAGGGAAUAUCCUCUAGAAUGGGAGAAUAUUGUCUGCACGAGUUAAAGUACUUGGCCGAAGGAAUUGAGGACCAUCGGAGUAAUUCUCCAGGCAAUAAUCAAGUUGGGCAGAGAUCCCGCAAAUCGAGAUCGUCUAGGUCUUCGAUUGUCGACCUCAAUAACAAUACUAAUGAGUAUUCUACUUUCAUCGAGGAGCGCUUUGGUCGAAAUCUUGACAUGAGGUUCCACAAUGAAGCUAAAUCCCUACUUAAACGGAGGAUUGCCGGAAAAAUUGGAGAGUCCCAAGAUGAGGGCUCGGCAUCAACUGAAAGAGCAGCCAUCUCAGAAUUAUCGCAAGACGAUGUGUAUUUGUAUCCCUCGGGGAUGACUUCCAUUUUCAACGCAUAUUUAGCAAUUCUGAGUAUUGGGCAUGCUGACAGGAAAUCUGUAUGUUUCGGAUUUCCCUAUGUAGACACGCUAAACAUUCUAAAGAAAUUUGGUCCUGGGGUCCAUUUCUACGGAUUGGGCGAUGAUUCAUCAUUAGACGAACUGGAACAGCAACUGGCAUCCGGAUUGAAGAUCAGCAGCUUAUUUUGCGAGUGUCCUUCCAACCCUCUCCUAAAGACGCCAGAUCUGCUACGUGUUAAAUCGUUGGCUCAAAGAUACGACUUUUUAGUUGUUGUUGAUGAGACAAUUGGAAAUUUUCUUAAUAUCCACGUUCUUCCAUAUGCUGACAUGGUUGUAUCCUCUUUAACCAAAGUGUUCAGCGGAGCUUCGAAUGUUAUGGGUGGGUCAUUGAUUUUGAAUCCAGACUCCCCUCAUUAUGAAUCCUUGAAGGCGUACUUCAAUUCUCGCUUUGAAGACCUUUACUGGGCCCAAGAUGUCAUCUAUAUGGAAAGAAACAGUCGAGAUUUUGAAACACGUUCAGAUAAAGUAAACCGAAACGCGGAGGCAGUUGUAAAUUAUCUUUCCAAUUCAUCCCUCAUUAAAGAGAUCUACUAUCCAUCCUUGUCAGGAUCAAAAGAGCACUACGAUAAGAUUAAGACACCACUAGGAGGGUAUGGAGGAUUGCUAUCACUGGUAUUCAUUGAAGCGGAAAGAGCAAAGUGCUUUUUCAACAGCUUGAAGUUGAGCAAGGGCCCUUCACUAGGUACAAACUUCACAUUGGCAUGUCCUUAUUCGAUUCUAGCACAUUUCCAGGAAUUGGACGAGAUCGAAAAGUGGGGAGUGGACCGUAAUUUAAUCCGGAUUAGUAUCGGUUUGGAACCCGAACUUCAGUUGUUAGCCAUACUCAAAGAGGCCUUGCAAACAGCAAGCGAGGUUGACAUCAAAAAGAAAAUAGCUAGUAUAGAAUAA